AUGCUCAACAAGAGAUCAUUUUCUGAUGAAGCACCCGAGACACCUGCCAAACGACAAAAGCCGGCGCCGCCCGCUCACCAACGUCUAGAUCCAAAUGAAGCAUUCCAUAGGAAUCGAGCACAUAUUCGCCAGCAGACGCAGACGAAUGCUCACUCAGGAAGCUCAGAAGCUUCUAGCCUGCCAGCGCCGACAGGAGUCUUCAAAGCGCCAAAUCAGACGCCGAAACGGAUAGUGUUUGGGGAUGACGAGUCAUCCGAGACUGCUCCACCUCAGCCAGCGUCUUUGCGCAAGUCGGUUUCCUUCACUCCAGAUACAAAAGCACAAGACGGCUACUCUGCUUCCAACUUCUUCAAAGCAUGGGCGGGCGACAAGAGCGCCACCGAAAAUAGCGCAUCAGAACAGCCAGAAGCGCAGCCGCCUUCGCCAUCAGAGCAGCCGAAGAAAGACGACAAGAGGAAGAAGAAGAAGAAGCAAAAGAAGGCGAAAAAGUCUACGAAGACUGCAGCAGAAGGCGCAGAGACGGUCACGAAAUCUGUUCCGGACUAUGUGGAGUAUCUUCUCCAAUAUCAACGCGACAAAGACAACUGGAAAUUCAACAAGAAUAAGCAAAACGAUCUCUUCCGAAAUCUAUUCAACAUCUCCCGAAUUCCAUCAGAGCAUACUCCAGCAGUCGUCCAAUACAUCAAAGGUCUGAAGGGUCAAGCACGACAGCGCAUAGCCGAGCAAGCCGAAGACGUACUGAAAGCAAUCUGGGUCAGCGAGAACGAAGGUGCAGAUGCAAUGUCCCUGGGAUCGGCAGCAGCACGACGACGUGCAUACUACGAAGCCUUGAAAAGCUCAUUCGAGCGCUACGAAGCAUCCGGCGCAGGGAGGACGCAAUACGGCGACGAGAAGCUCAAGGAGAUGGCACAGGAGUACGAGCGUGGCAAACGUGCUGAAGCCAUCUUGAGCGAAGCUCUCGACAACGUACUAUUCGCAGAACCCGAGCCAACUCCAGUUAUACCUACAGCGUCAACAUCCAACUCAACAACACCAGCCAACAUCCCUCGAGCCACACGAGUCGUAGAGACAAAUACGAAAGGCACAGCCCUCGCCGAAGCGGAAAAUAGGAAAAGAAAGAGGAAAGCUCGCACCGAAGUUUCAUCUCCAUCUGAAUCCUCGUCAUCCUCGAGCAGUGAGGGCGAGAGCGAGAGCGACUCCUCAUCAGACACCUCGAGCGACGAAAGUGAGAGUGAGAGCGAUAGUGAUAGCCCUCAGCCCAGAAAGCCAUCGCCGCCAAAGAAAGCCAAGACAGCAGAUCCAGCGAACCCGUUCGACGAUUCCUUCUUGGACAAGAAGUUCGGAAAAGCGACAUCACAAACAUACAAUAGCACGGCGCCAAAGCCAAAAGCCCAUAGUUGA